CAAAAAGUUUUGGGUAGAUUUACCGUUAUAAAAUUGUCAUAAGAUUUUAUAUACGGAGUGCUGAUCCAUCAUUCGCAAAACCAACAAACCAUUCAACUUUGAAGCUUCAGAGUUCCAGUGGGGCAAGCAAGUGCAAAAUCAAAAAUGGAGAAGCGGAUGGCUGCUGCUACUGCUUCUGCUUCUGCUUCUUAUCGUCUACUCAACCAAAAGAAGCACACCUCUAAAAGAUUUCUGGAUCAUCGCCGAUUGGUCACUAAUUUCGGUGAACUUCACCGAUCGUCUUCAAGUUCACGAGGUUUUAUGCAUCAUUGUGGAACUGCGCCUCUCCAGAGUUUUCUUUCACGUUUUCUAUGGGCUCUUCAGAAAUCUUCCCUAAAUCACAUACAGAAUCUUCCUGGAAUCCAGCACAGAACUUUCGGUUUGAAAAACGUAAUUCAGGACGAAGAAGAACUACAAACUGCAAACACGGAUUGGAUGCAUAAGUACAAAGGCUCAAGUAAGCUUAUGCUCCUACCUGAGAACACUGAUCAGUUAUCUCAAAUUCUUAAGUAUUGCAAUUCCAGAUGUUUGGCAGUUGUUCCUCAAGGUGGAAACACAGGUCUUGUUGGAGGAAGUGUUCCUGUAUUUGAUGAGGUGAUUAUAAAUACUCGUCGCAUGAAUAAUAUCAUUUCCUUUGACGAGGUGAGUGGUGUACUGGUAUGUGAAGCAGGAUGCAUACUGGAAAAUCUAAUCUCUUUCCUAGACAAACAAGGGUUUAUUAUGCCAUUAGAUUUAGGUGCAAAAGGAAGCUGUCAGAUUGGUGGAAAUGUUUCAACUAAUGCUGGUGGAUUACGCCUUAUACGUUAUGGAUCUCUUCAUGGAACUGUUCUUGGUCUUGAAGUUGUUUUGGCGAAUGGUAAUGUGAUUGAUAUGCUUGGGACUUUGCGAAAAGACAACACAGGCUAUGACCUAAAGCAUUUAUUUAUCGGAAGUGAAGGGUCUUUGGGUAUUAUAACAAAAGUUUCCAUAUUAACACCUCCAAAGCUGUCUUCUGUAAACAUUGCUUUCCUUGCUUGUCAAGAUUAUAUCAGUUGCCAGAAACUUGUAUUCCAAGCUAAAAGAAAACUUGGUGAAAUAUUAUCUGCAUUUGAGUUUCUUGAUGCACAAGCAAUGAAUCUUGUUCUUGAUCAUUUAGACAGUGUCCGAAAUCCAUUACCAUCUUCAAUUUACAACUUCUAUGUUCUUAUCGAGACAACUGGCAGCAAUGAAUGUAAUGACAAAGAGAAGGUUGAGGGGUUUCUUGUGGAUGCAAUGGAAAGUGGUUUAGUAAGUGAUGGAGCCAUAGCACAGGAUUUGAAUCAGGCAUCAUCAUUUUGGCAAAUUCGUGAGGGAAUUCCAGAAGCAUUGCAGAAAGCUGGAGCUGUAUAUAAAUAUGAUUUAUCAAUUCCUGUUGAGAAAAUGUAUGAUCUUGUUGAAGAAAUGAGGAUACGUUUAGGUGGUAAAGCAAAUGUAGUGGGAUAUGGUCACCUUGGAGAUGGAAACCUUCAUUUGAAUGUUUCGGCUCCUCAGUAUGAUGAUGCUAUUUUGGCUGAAAUUGAACCAUUUGUGUAUGAAUGGACAUCAAAGCAACAUGGGAGUAUUAGUGCUGAACAUGGAUUAGGUCUUAUGAAAGCUGAAAAGAUUUACUAUAGCAAGUCAACUGCAACUGUAGAGUUGAUGGCUUCUAUGAAGAAGAUGUUGGAUCCUAAUGGAAUUCUCAAUCCUUACAAAGUUAUCCCACAAUCACUCCUAUUAUCCUGAAUUCAUCCUCCUAAUAUCAAUGUUGUUAAUUGUGGUGCUACUUUUUAAUUUAAAUUAACAACUACUCUUUUGUAAAUUACUUCAUAUUCAAUAAAUAUAAAAUAGUUCAGAUUGUUUGUGUAAAUAAUUAUUUGUUUUUGAUGUUUUCUAG